AUGAGCGUUUCUUGCCCUAGACGUGAGGGGCAGACGUGUGGCAGAGGGGAGACUUUCCUGAGCACGCAGGCAGAAGUGACGGUGCAGGACAGCAGAGCUGCGUUCCGAGGCGGGUCGGGCAGCUCCCUCGGGGACAAACAUGACCAUGGAAGCACAGGCGAGGACCCCGCCCGGGAACCCCCCAGGGACAGCCUGGAGAGCCGACCUGCCCCAGUCCCCACGCGGCGCACUGUGGGCCUGGGGGGCUGGGGACCCGGAGAGGGAGCCUGCCCGCCAGUCUCUGACCUGCCGCUGGACUCAGGGGACGGAGUGUCCUUGCGCCCACCUGGGGUGCGGGGACCCCUGGACCGAAGGCCACAGAGGACCUUCCUUUUGUGCACAUCCCUCACGUCUCUCAGGAAACAGGCUGCUGCACCCUCUCGACGAGGUUGA